AUGGAUGUUUUUGUAAUUAUAUCCAAUGAUGAAAUACAAUGUGAAACAAUAUCCAGUUUAUUAACAUUAUUUCAUAACCAGUAUGAUGAACUUCGUUUACUUAUAGAUUUCUUAAAACAUCCAUUUAUAUUACAUGAUCUUAACAAUUUAGAACUGUUACUCGAUAUUAUUAAUUUAAUCUUUUCAAAAUUAGAAGCACAACGAACGGUUAUUAUUCAAACAUUAUUUAAACGUAUUCGAUAUAAUAAAGAUAUCAAUCAUCAAACUAUAAAUCGAUGGUUAAUGAAUAUAGAUAUGAUAUGUCGAUGUCUUGUACAAAAUUCAACUGAAGAAGCUAAAUUAACACAAUGGAAUGAUGCUUUAUCAUCAGUUAAUUUAACACGAGAUGAAAUGUUUAGUGUGGCUCUUCAUAUUUUACAUGAUGUUGUAUUACAAAUUUUAACUAAUACUCGACAAUUACGCGGUCAAAUGGAUAUGAUAUUAGUUUCUCUUGCAUCCGAUUAUCGCUAUUUAUUUAUGUAUAUUAUGGAAAAUGGUAAUCAAUCCAAACAAUAG